AUGCUGCGAUUCAGGGUGUCUCGGCGUCUGUGGCAACGAAUUCAGAAGGCAGGGGUUCCCGCGGAGUGCCUCAGCCGCAUGGAGGUCGCCUCUGGGGUCUCCUCUCGGGAGGGUGCCUCGCCUAGGGCCCUGAAUAUCUUCGACAGGAAUUUGAAGAGGAAACAGAAGAACUGGGCUGCUCAGCAGCCCGAGCGGAUGCAGUAUGACUACCUGAAGGAAGAGGUUGGAAGUCGAAUUGCAGACCGUGUAUAUGACAUAGCUAGAGAUUUCCCCCUUGCUUUGGAUGUCGGUUGUGGAAGAGGUUACAUAGCACAACAUUUGAAUAAGGAAACUGUUGGAAAGUUAUUCAAAGUAGACAUUGCAGAAAAUGCUUUGAAACAUACUUUAGAAACAGAAGUUCCUACUCACAGUGUUUUAGCUGAUGAAGAAUUCCUUCCCUUCCGAGAAAAUACAUUCGACCUGGUGGUUAGCAGUUUAAGUUUGCACUGGGUGAAUGACCUUCCUAGAGCACUUGAACAGAUUCAUUACGUUUUAAAGCCAGAUGGAGUGUUUAUUGGUGCAAUGUUCGGAGGUGACACACUCUACGAACUCCGAUGUUCCUUGCAGUUAGCAGAAAUGGAAAGGGAAGGAGGAUUUUCUCCACACAUUUCUCCCUUCACUGCUGUCACUGAUCUAGGACAUCUUCUUGGCAGAGCUGGCUUUAAUACACUGACUGUGGAUACCGAUGAAAUUCAAGUGAACUAUCCUGGAAUGUUUGAAUUGAUGGAAGAUUUACAAGUGCAAGAAAAAGCUUGGGGCUUAAAUUUUUAUGAUUUAGAAGUUGCACAUACGGCAAUUGAAGGUGAUUGUGAUAAAGAAUUUGUUUUAAGUAGAGGUCCAAAGAAGCAUAGUGAUAAAGGAGGCAAAGAACAAAAGAAACUAUUGCCUUUUGCAUUAUUACUCAAAGUGCUCAUUCCAUUUUGA